GCGGCACGGCCGGGGCCGGGGCCGGUGGUCAUGAGCGGCGGGGCCGGGCGGCGGCGGCGGCUGGUGCUACAUGUGGACCUGAACAACACGGUGGUGGUGGCGGACGCGGUGUCGGGGCAGGGCCCGCGAGCCGCCCUUAAUAGCUUCCUCUGCACCGUCACCUGGGGCUGUGCCGGGGCCUCCGGCGAAUGGCAGUGGGCGAGCGACCGGCCCUCCCUGGCUCCUCCCUGCCCCGGCGCCAUCAGCUACUACAACCACCACGGCCGGGACCCGGCCUUCACGGAGCGGGGCCCGGGACGGUGCUUUGGCAGCCUUCACGACCGGCACCUGCAGCUGCUGGAGUGGCCGGGCCGGCCGCAUGACGUCUUCUCGGUGCAGGGAGAACACAGCAAGCGCUACCACCUUAUCCUGCCUGCCUUCUUUCGUCUCCUCGACUCCCUGCACCGGGACGGCAGGACUUUCGCCGUCAUCUUCCGCACCUUCGGCACCGACCUGCCUCGUGCCCUCCGGGCUGUGAGCUGCGCCCUGGCCGGGCAACACCCUCAGUUCCCAGCCCUGCGGGAUGUGGCACUCCCCGUGGACCUCACUCCUGGCCAGAUACGCUGCAGCAAGCGAGAGGUGGUGCUGACAAAGGGAGCAGAGCGGAUGGCCACCCGGGAAAAUAGAAGAAAACUUUAUGACUACUUCAGCUCCUUUGAGGGAAUUGGAGGCUUCCAAGACCACUAUGACUGGUGGGCUAGAAAUCAGUUCUCCUCUCGGGGUGGGAAGCCCCUGUGGAUUGACCCUCAUGAUCCUGACAUUCAUCACAUCUUCAUUGAUGACAACAUCCGUCUGGAUGACGCAGACACCAUCGUUCGUCCCCAGGUGUUUUCGAAGCAGGGCAGCAGCAGCCCCAGGUGUGUUCCCACCUCAGAGCUGUACAACGUGUGCCUAGUGCAAACUGACCUGCUGGAGGCCAUUGCCAAUGAGGACUAUUUCCUGAACUGUGUGAGGAGAUGUGAGGAGAGCUAUGACCAUUACCUGGCCUGCAUGGAGAAGGACACCCUGGACCAGCAAUGGGAUGGACAGUGAUUCCACCUUGUGCAGCUGAGGAACUCUGUACUGGGACACCUUCUGCUUGCUACUGCACACAGCAAACUCCUGGACUGUGCUCCUGCUUCAACCUGUCCCCUCUCCGAUGAGUGAUGUGUAUGCUCAGUCCUACCAGGAGCCUCCAUGCCCAAACACAAGCCUCCUGGGAAGUUGUGUGAUGGAAUCCCUGGAGGAAGUGGCUUUCCUUCGCUUGGUAGUAUGGUGGGGAGCUGCCUGCUUGACUUGACAGCACUGCCUGUUGUGCCAGCUCCUGUGUGCACCUGGAGCUGGCUGUGUUACUCUGCUUGCCAGGCAGGGCUGCAGCAGCAGCACAAGCAGCCACACAGUUUUCAUGCCUCCCUUUCUGCUCCUGCCCCAGUGGCUGGUGUGGAGCUGGGGUGAGCACAGUGUUACUGGUGGGAUGCCUCAGUGCCAUUCACGCCAUGGUGUUCUCCCUGACAGAGCUAGCAAUGUCGUGUCAUUUCUGCCCGAUUUUAAAGC